AUUCUUUCAGACAAAUCUUAGCUGUCGGAUUAAUCUAACGACCAAUAGUAUUGAUCUCUCAACUAUUAGAUUAAUUCAAUGAUUGUGAUUUUACUAGAGAGAGACAAGGGGUUGUAGAGGAUCCACAUGUCUAUAUGUGUGCAUCCUGUUAUUAUUCUUUCCAAUUGAUCCAACUUUGGUCGACUUCUAUUUUUUGGAUAGAUGUAAUCAAUGACAACCAACCACCUAUUGGAUGCACUAUGUAAGAUAUUAAUUUGUGGUUAGAAUUGCAUGAGGAAUCUAUUCAUCAUAGUUUUUGAGACUAUACAUCCAAAACUCAUUAACAUGUUAAAGGAUUACAUCAAAACUCUUUCCUUUUUGCACCCAACUUCACUUCCUCUUAUUGUAACUAUCAAAUAGCAGGUAAGUUAAGAAUGGCUUCUUUUGCUACUCUUCUGAGAUCUCAGUUCCUAGGCCAAGAUCAUCAUCACAUAAAAACUUCUACAACACAUCACAGAAAACAAACUUCUCAACCACAACCUCGUGCCGAAUUCAACAUACUGAAAAUGAUGGGAGGAAGAGGGCUAUGCAAUGGAGAAAAAGGCCUUGAACAAGAGCUGAAAAAGCAAGUUGAUCAUAAAGAGGAAACAACAUCCAAUGAUGACAAAGGGGAAGAAAACUCAGAUAUUGGUGGUAGUAGUGUUGUAGCAAUUCCAGAAGAUGGUUUUGAGAAAGAAAUGAUGGGGCUAACUGGGGGAUUUCCUGGUGGUGAAAAAGGGUUGAUCAAGUUCAUUGAGGAAAAUCCACCAAGGAACUCUUCUCAACCUUUCACUAUCGAAGAAAAUAACCAAAGUUUUCUUGAAGAAUCCAAAACAUCAUAGUUUAACAUUCUUUCUGUACACUUUUUAUUUUAUUUAUAUGUCCUCUAAUCUGAUUUUUGACGACUCAAACUUGGAUGAGGUUUCUUUCUUAUGAGGUGAGAUUAGAUUUUUGUGCAGAGUAAUAUUACUUUCUUUUUCAGAAUGUAUCUAUAAAUCUAUAUGUGAUGUAGCUUUGUCAACAGUUUAAUGGAUCUCAAUUUCAAAGUUUAAUGUUCAAACUAA